UAAAGGAAGCGCUUCAGUGGCUGGACAGGGAGCAAAUAGUUGAGAAAUAUCGAAUCCAGCGGAGAAACGCAGACGGCUACGUUCAGGGAAGUUUAACCAGGCUCGUACCAUAAUUUGACUUCUUAGCUAACACAGACAGUUUAUACGUCAUAUUUGUUUAACAGUUAGGAUCAAGGGAAAGUAUCGGUUAAGAGAAGCAAAUGGCAGAGAUACGAAAAAAGCUGGUCGUAGUCGGCGACGGCGCCUGUGGAAAGACCUGCUUGCUGAUUGUGUUCAGCAAAGACGAGUUUCCUGAGGUCUAUGUGCCAACUGUAUUUGACAACUAUGUGGCCGACAUUGAAGUGGACACCAAGCAAGUCCAACUAGCACUGUGGGACACGGCUGGACAAGAGGACUACGAUCGCCUUCGCCCGCUAUCCUAUCCGGACACUGAUGUCAUCCUGAUGUGCUUUUCCGUGGACAGCCCGGACUCCCUCGAAAACAUCCCCGAGAAAUGGGUGCCAGAGGUAAAGCACUUUUGUCCCAACGUGCCCAUUAUUUUAGUUGCCAACAAAAGAGACUUGCGCAACGACGAGAAUGUUAGGAGCGAGCUGUCCAGAAUGAAACAGGAACCAGUGAAAACAGAGGACGGGCGCGCCAUGGCCAUGCGCAUUGGUGCUUAUGACUAUUUGGAGUGUUCUGCUAAAACGAAGGAUGGUAUUCGGGAGGUGUUCGACACUGCGACACGUGCUUCUUUACAGAAGAGAUCAAAACCCUCCAGCGGUUGUGUGAACUGCUGUCUGUUGUUGUGAAUGAACAGCUAACGUGAGCAAUAAUGUCUCUUACGUUAAUGUACGGCUGCCAACACCACCAAGACCUGUUGUCAUUGUGCUUGAAAAGAUGCAUGACCAAGUCUGUCUCCCAUUAGGCUAAAGACUUUCUUUUGAGCCGGUAGCCAUGAGAAAUGUAAUAAUCCUCAGAUUGUGGAUCAUCUUGAUCUAUUUACCUGAUCCCUCAAUUGACGCGAAUACAUACUCUAAUACAAGUAGCCAACAACUGACACUCCAUGCGAUUCUAAUUUACUGAAUAAAUUCAUUUGCCAAGCAUUCCGGAUGCUGCCUGAAAUGAUGCUGUAGCCUUUGAGGAUAUUGUUCCAAGGAGCCUACUUGAGUGUCGGGUGUCAAGGCUUGUUGACAUGCAACCAGUUAGUCAGUUAGUCACGAAACGUGGUGAUGCCUUAAACUCCACGCACAUUUACAUGGACAAAAACCUACACUUCCCUUGUCUGUCACGAAUGUUGAGUACAAUUUAUAUUUCAACUUAAUCUGCCGGUUGUGAGUGGUGUUGGUCCUUUAGCUGGUCGACAUUUGAGACAAAAUAUCCACAGGGACCUAUUAUUAAACCAACUUCAAAACGCAGGUCUGUGUGUGGCAAUCAAUAUGUUUGCUCAUGAACAAAGGCAUGUGCACAAGACCGAAGUACAUGCACGUGAGGUAUGCAUGAUAACUGGUGUUUACAUGGUUGUGUACAUGUGCCAGGUGAUAGAAAUUUCAACUUCAGUGUCAGCACUCUAAAAAGUCUAGCUAUUUGCCUCAAAUUCCAAGCAGCUGAAGGACCAACCACACAGGCAACCGGUAGAAUAAAUUCAAACUUAAUUUAUUCAACAUUCUGGCUUGUAAGGAACAUUUCCAUGAUUGUUUGUUUGUUAUGUUUGUUGUUGCUCUCCUAAUGUUUUUAAAAGGCUGUUCAUCCUGCCGUGUGCAUCAUUGCAUUAACAUGACCGGGAUACCACUGCAGCACUGUAAAGCAUGAAUGCUAUUAUUUCACAUACUGUAUAUGGUGGAGUUUCAAAAAAGAUACCCAUAGUGCAAUAUUUUGUCUUAGUUUCAAGUUUGUCAGUUUAUAUUGUUUUAUGUUUUUAAAUAAUAAAGAUAUGAUUAGAAUGUG